AUGGCUAUGGGCGAGGCAGAAGCUCUCGAAAUGGGACACAUAACUACUCCGAUGUCGAUUCGCUCCCUCGCGUUGGUCGAGUCGGAGGGCUCUAUCCCAGAAAUCAUCCAAUUACAAAAGCCAUGGCUCUACAAACGACAUUUGACAAAUGGAAAUCCCUCCCCAUCGCAGGCGAGGCACAAUCGCUUCCACCAGUGGCGGCUGCAAGACAAGCUCAAAACCGGCAACGGAGCCAUCGUUGUCUGCCUAAAUCUAGAUGUAGACCCUCCGGACGUUGUCAAAACCCAGCCAUGCGCCGUCCUCGAAGGUUGGGUUGACCCUCGAAAGCUAGGUUCGGCCAAAGCGCUCGAAGCGAUCGGCAAAAACCUAUGCCAACAGUUCCAGAGCUUGAACCCUCGUAUCAAGUACAAACCCUUCCUCGACCCAUCCAUCGACGAGGCCCGUCGUUUCUGCGUCAAUCUGCGCAAGACGGCAAAGGACGAACGCCUAUGUUUCUACUACAACGGGCAUGGCGUGCCGAAACCGACGAGUUCAGGAGAGCUCUGGGUCUUUAACAAGACAUACUCUCAGUAUAUACCCGUAUCCCUCUAUGAUCUUCAAACGUGGCUCGGUAGUCCUGUCGUUUACGUGUGGGACUGCUCAGCGGCAGGCAACUUGGUCACCAACUUUAUCAAAUACGCCAAGAAACGAGACGAAGAGUCGGUAGCGAGACAUGGUGGACAUUUGGAUGGAAGUCCGCCCCACUCGUCUGCGAUUCAGCUCGCGGCUUGCCUUGCAACCGAAACUCUCCCAAUGGCACCUGACAUGCCAGCCGAUAUGUUCACAUCUUGUCUCACCUCACCAAUAGAGAUGGCCUUGCGCUUCUACUAUUUGCACCAAUCCCCACCGCCGGGCGUCACCCUCGACAUGUUACAUGAAGUACCAGGAGACUUGAAAGAUCGUCGCACUCCACUUGGGGAAUUGAAUUGGAUAUUCACUGCAGUCACCGAUACGAUUGCAUGGACGUCCUUCCCUCGACCCAUUUUCAAGCGGCUCUUCCGCCAGGAUCUUCUCGUUGCCGCUCUCUUCCGUAACUUCCUACUUGCAGAACGUGUUAUGCGCAAUUACCAUUGUACUCCCCACACCAUUCCCGCACUUCCCUCCACCGCGACACACCCACUCUGGGCGGCUUGGGAUAGGUCACUCGAAGACAUCAUCAAGCAGCUGCCGGACUUGAUCAAGUCCGCGAACCCUCCCAAGCAGCCGACUCUCGAGAUUAUGGAAGGCAAGCCCUAUAUUCCUACCCCUUUCAAGUACGAGUACAAGCCCAGCUCGUUCUUCACGGACCACCUCACCGCUUUUGAGCAUUGGAUGUCUCAAGGAGGUGGGGCUUUGAUCAGAGUUGGCCCUUGGUCAAUGUCACCUCUCGAGGAUUCGGAUGAAGAGACACCCCAACCUACAGAGGAGAACCCACGCUCCGAGCUUGUGCCUCGCAAGCCACCUGCACAGCUCCCCAUUCUUCUGCAAGUCUUGCUCUCUCAAGCCCAUCGAAUGAGAGCACUCACUUUGCUCUGUCAAUUUGUGGACCUUGGCCCAUGGGCGGUAUAUCUGGUGUUGGAGAUUGGCAUUUAUCCCUACGUCCAAAAGCUGCUACUUUCCCCUCAAAGCGACUUGAAACCUCUCCUUAUUUUCAUCUGGUCGAGGCUCAUCGCCUUUGACAAGACCUGUCAGGUCGACUUGCUCCGAGACCUUCACUUCACCUACUUUGGCACGAUCCUCGACUAUUCAAACCCUGUCGGUCUCGCCAACACAUUUGAACAUCGGGCAAUGUGCGCGUUCAUCUUGGCCUCGCUAUGUCGUGACCACCCACAAGGACAAGCGGCAUGUUUGGCAUGGAACGACGGAGCCCUGAUCGACUUUUAUCGCUACCAUAUGACCAACUCUAGCGACUUUCUCCUCAAGCAGUGGUGCUGUUUAGCCAUGGCGCAAAUGUGGGAUGGGAAUGACGACGUAAAGGAGCGAGCUACCAUGCAAAACGUACCCAACUUCCUCUUGGGACUACUCCAAGAGGAUGUCUCGUGCGAGGUCCGUGCUUCGGCACUCUAUGCGCUUGCUAUCUAUUGCGGUGCAACUGGGUCCGCCAAUGAUGAGAUUAGUGGAGAAGAUGGAACAGGUCGAAUGACCCAGCUUACCGAGGACCAGCACCUAGAGCUCGAAUUCGGCACCGCAUAUGAUGCCAUCCGUAUCAUCAAGAGCGAUGCCAGCCCCAUUGUUCGUAAAGAGGCGGUGGUUCUCAUCAGUGCGCUAGCCAAUGAGUGGCGAGGUUACUUUAUCGUUGCGGCAUGGGUUCAUUGGGAAGAGGAGAAGGCCGCCAAAUCUGCUGAUGGCACGGCAUCCAAUAGCAUUGCCGACAAUGCUCUAGAAGAUUGGAUGCGUGGUCUACGCUGCCGAAGUGCAGAGGCCAAGAGGCAGCAUCGGAAGUUGCUCAACAAAGUCUUCUUCCUCUUGACUCAUCUCUAUGAUCUUGCGGUGGACCCACAUGUAGAGGUCGCAACACUAGCGAUGACCGUAGUGGAUUUCAUCACGGCCAUGUUACUCGAAUCUCCAUUUGCCCGGAUACAAGGAACGACAGUCCGAGCAUUGCCUAACCUUCCCUCAAACAGCAAGUCCCGUACAAGCGUCUCGUCGGCCGCUACCAGUGCAAUUAUAUCUAGACAAGGCUCCACGGCAAAUAUGGCGCCUCAAUCACCCAAUCCAGGACUCACCAGAACAGAUAGCACCACCCGAUCCACAUUCCCAGGUCUCAUGAGGACGAGUUCGAUUGCCUCUGCACUUGGUUCGCUUGCCGGACUUGCUCUUGGGACCCCUACCGCCGAAUACAGCGCCCCUCCGAGCCCCUCACUCAGUCAUAAGAGUGACCCCGACAGUCCGCCUGGACCCGCCGUCAAUAUUGCUCGGUAUAUUUCUCCGUAUCCUCAGCAGUCUGGCCCUACGUCCCCACUUUCACGAGUCGGCUCAUCCUCCUCAGUCUCGAGUCAGUUGAAUCAAGCAUACGGGAAUGGGCAAAGUGGAAGUCAGCAUGAGUCAUUCAUCGCCAGUCGCUAUAUGCCCUCGGACAUUGUCACUGCUCUUAUAGCUCGCGAUCUCAUACGAUUCUCUGGAAGACGACGGAGCUCGGAUAAUAAUCCGCCUGGCCAUAACUUAUGGCAGGACUUUAAUGUGGAUAAGGGAAGGUUGGAUGAACUAGGAGACAUAGGACUUGACGCUGGCGCAACUUUGGUCCAAACGUUGCCGCUGAAGAGCAAGCUAUACGACUGGUGCCUCGAAUAUUACAAGGAGCCGCAAAUGAGGCACCUUGACGAGGACGAACCUGGUAGCGUUCCAUACACCCGGCAACUGUGGAGAAGGGACCGUGACGAAGGAAUCCUUAGAUCGUCACGGAUUCAAGGUCAACAAGCGCCAAAACAUGCAUGGGGCCAUACACUAUCCUCGUGGAAGAUUCCGUUCUCCCCGUCACGAAUGACAUUUCACCACUUUGAUUCUCACGUCGCAAUUUCAAACGAAGGGACACAUAUUAGCCUUUACGACUGGCGGAGCGGAUCGAAGCUUAAUGGAUUUAACAAUGGCAAUCCCAAAGGAACCACCGUCACGUCGCUGCAUUUCGUUGACGAAGAGAUUGGUGGUGCACUCGUGGUCGGCUCUUCCGACGGUGUAGUCAAAAUCUACAACAACUAUGACCCGGCAUAUAGUGAUGGCCAACCUAUUCAACUCGUUUCUGGUUUUAGAGCCCUCCCUUCACUGAUCCCCGCUACUCGAGGCGUUGGGAUUGUCAGCGAAUGGAACCAGCCCUUGACAAGGUUGCUUUGUGGAGGAGAUUCAGAUCGUGUCUAUGACUGGGAUGCCAUUUCGGAGCGCUGUGUUACGAUGAUGCCGACAGAGGAGAAUUGUCCCGUCACUUCGAUCACUUCCAACCCUCACAGUCGUCGAUCCUUUGUCGUUGGAUUCGGGAACGGUGCUCUCAAAGUGUUUGACACACGAGCGCGCUCAGUACAAAUGACAUGCAUACAAACACGUCGAGAGCAUCGUGCUUAUAUUGUUAACCUACGAUACCAGACGGGAGCGAGCAAACAGCUUCUGUCAGCAAGCGUCGAUGGAAGCGUUCACCUUUGGGAUCUUCGAUUCGCAGAUGCUGUCGUUCAGUCGUGGGACAUUCACACACAAGGACUUGCUGCAUUCGACGUUCAUCCAAACAGCAAUGUAUUUGUAGCGACUUCAUCUCUUGGUCGUUCUUGGAGAAAUCAAGCCGUCUCGUUGUACGGUUUCACCUCUGCUCAAGAGCAACGAGCAAUGCAGGUUGAAGGCGUUUAUCAGGAUAGCUCCACAUCUAUCCUCAACACUACGUAUCCAACUGGAAUUACUGCACCUUCGCGAGCCCAUGUCGGUUCUGCAAACCCACAUGUCACUCAGAGCGUCGUUACCUUCCACCCGGCGGAGAUGUUCUUCGCACUAGGAACUGCCGAUGGCACAAUUCGUCUACAGGGCCCACACUUUGCCAACGAGGGAAGCUUUGUCGACACCGAGUCAAAUGGGCCCGUCACACCGCUCUCCAACGGUUAUCAGAAUGGGAGGACCUCGGCGUAUUUUGACCAUGGAGACGGUCGUAUUGACUUCCCUACCAUACGAUGA